CGCUGUGAGCACAGCAAAACAUCCACAUGUGAGAACUGCGUGGUGCGAAAUCCAAAUUGAGCCUCAGUUUACAUUGCCAGUCGAGCUUUGGACGUGGAGACAAACUUUGUGCUUGCACCAUGAACGGAGCGGGACAGUACCCGCCGCCGGAUUUCGGAAGCCCCCCUAAAAAUCCCAUCAUCAAACCGGCCACUUUCCAGCAGCAGCCGGGCUCCAGCAGCUUCCACCCCAGCAUGUGGACCUGGUCCGAGACGCCCUCCGAGCCCUGGAGCCACCCGGGCCAGGCGGGCUGGCAGUGCGGACCACCGAGCUUCGAGGAGCGUGGUGGCCGCCACGGUGGACCCGCAGGUUGGGGACACUUCGGACCAAAACGUCCAUACGGACAAAACUUCUAUCAUGGAGGGCAACGAGGUGGAAGACAGAAUUUCGGAGCCCCCAACAGCUUUGGGAAGAAGCAGAAAAAUAAGAAAGAACCAGAGUUUUCCCAUUUCUGUGACACCUGCGACCGGGGCUUCAAAAACCAGGAGAAGUACGCGGAGCAUAUUUCUCAACACGUCAAGUGUUCAGUUCCAGAUUGCAGCUUCACAGCACAUGAAAAAAUAGUCAGCAUCCACUGGAAAAAUAAUCACGCACCAGGAGCCAAAAGAAUCAAGCUGGACACACCAGAGGAGAUUGCAAAAUGGAGAGAGGAGAGACGCAAGAACUAUCCAACAGUGCAGAACGUAGAGAGGAAGAAAAAAGUGCUGGAGGUCAGGGAGGAGAGUGGAGCGGUUCUUGACACGGCCCAGUUUGGACGAAUGAGAGGCAGAGGUCGAGGUCGAGGACGGGGGCGUGGGUGGGGCAGAGGAAGGUUCCAGGAGAGAAACCCACGCGGCCCUCACAACCCACAAUGCAGUGCUGAAAAGCGACCGCCACCUCUCACUCAGCCCCCCAGAGACGGAGAUCCACUGGGCGCUCUGGUCAACAGUGACCCUGAUUCUGACAGAGAGGAGCCAGCGGGUGAGCCCAGGCAAGCUGCGCUGGUGGUGGCGCCUAAACAGAUGAGCUCCGCGCUGGGCUCCCUGGUGGCAAACUACGGCUCCAUGAGCGAGAGUGACAGUGAUGAGGAACCAGAGGCCAUCCCUAUCCAGAGAGGCAACAAGCUUUUGGAAGAAAACCAGGACCUUCUAAAGACUCUGCCGCCAAGCUCACAGGACAGGGGACCCUCUGGGGGUAUGAGGACUUUGUCUCAGAGUGCGGAAACCCACCAAGACCACCAUCCUGGCUCUGCCCCUCAGGCAUUUGACAGCAGAAGAGGUAGAGGGGGAAGAAGAGGAGGCAGGGGAGGGAGAGGAGGACGAGGAGGACGAGGAGGACGACAACACACAGUGACACCUCAACAGCGUCGCGCCACACUACUGGAGAUGUUACUGGCCCCAGACAUCCGCCAGGAGAGGAACGUCCUGCUGCAGUGUGUCCGCUACAUCGUCCGAAACAACUUCUUUGGUCUGGAGAAGAGAGAGCGCAACCAGGAGGAGAUCAGGAGCACCCCAGCUGUCAUAGCUAGAGAGCAGAGCAGGACAGAGGAAGGGACAUCAGCCCAGCCCUCCUCACUGGUUGGUGGAGAAAGUGCACGUUUGCCUAAACUGAGCCAGGAAUCAAAUCCCAGUGCAGCCGUAGUUGCCGCUGGUCCUGUGGUUGACCAGUGUGUGCCGGAAAACUGCAGCGUACCGGAAACAUCAGGGAAAGAGUGCAACCAGGACAAAGGUUUACCCAGUGAUCAAGUCUGCUCAGAACAAUCGCAGGACACUCCAGUGGACUCAGAAAACACACCGAGCACCGAGGAAACAAGUGCCAGCAAAUGUCAUGGCCCUGGUUUUACUUCCACAGAUCAAGUAAUCCCUGCUCCUUAUAUUUAUGAUGAUGAAAUAUGGGAGGAUCCUGGUGCUGAUGUGUAAAAUGAUCCUUUGGACAAAAAAGCCUAUUAAAGAUUUGCUGACAUAAGAUCAAUUUUCUUUUUUUCUCAAACAUAAUAAUGAGGUAAUUACUCAGUUUAAUGAUUCUGUUGACAGAAUUUUUCACAUUAUGCAAGAAGCUUUAUUUUUUCUCUGCAGUGUGAAGUGUUAGUGUUACUAACAUCUUAUUGUAUUUUUGUACCAUGCUCUGUAUUUGACAAUGAUUAUUUUCAUUAUGGAAGUGAAAGUUAUCUUUAGGGCUAAUUAAACUUCUUUUGAAAGUCUC